CGUGAGAUCAUGACCUGAGCUGAAGUCUGACGCUUAACCAACCGAGCCACCCAGGCACCUCUCCACACUUGCUUUAGAGGACAAUCCCUGGGGCAGGGCAGUGCACAAACGGUGGGAGACAGGGAGGCGCUUGCCAGAGCGGGCUGUGCAGAGGCCUGGGACCGAUGGCUAGAGGCAAGGUGGAGACAUGAGCUCCUGACUCAGUAUAGUACAGGGAGUAUCUUAGAGCAGGCACCCUAAGGGUGCGUACGUUCCUAUGAACCUGCCCUGUGGCUCGAGUCUCAGGAGAAAGGAGAUCAGGCAAAGAGGCAAAAGGAAGGAGCUUAUGGUCAGUGUGUUUCUGCUGCCUGCUGACUAGCUCCGGGCCCGUGCCGAGAGUUCUGUUCAUCUCUGUGCUCCACACCCCACUGAUGAAAUUUGCUAAGCGUGUCCAGUGUGCCAACCCCAUGCAAAAUGGAGACCACGAAUGAAGGUAGAGGACCCCAUUCUCUUGAUGACUUAGAGAUCUUAACAGGGCAGCUGUGUGAAAGGUGGAAAGGUGGCAAGCCAGCAGUUUCUACAAAAUGGUUCUGGGGUUCCGGGGUGACUAAUUCAAUCUGGUGGUGGCAGAAGGACUCCCUUAUGGAAGGGGUUCUUGAACGCAAGUCCGUGGGCAUAAUGCAGGGUGAUCAUGAACCCGAGUGGGAAAAAAAAAAUGUGCACCAUACUGGAAAUUAGGAUUUCCUUUGAUUAUGAAUGCAGGUGACAGACCACAGUAGUAUUAUCAGAACCGGUGACUCUGUUAUUCAGGUAAAUCAUAGAUGUUUUUAUAUUGUAGUUGGUGUAGAUGUUUCAGAAUAUUACUUAUGCUCAUUACUUUUUGGAAAUUCCAGCAGUUGAUUCAUUCUUGAUAUUUAAUGUGUAAAAAGAAGCACAUCCUUGGUGUUUUAUUAUUUUUGAACAUUGUAUUCCAGUAUAAUUAGCCUUUAAAGUAACCCUGUGUGUUUUAUUUUAUGCUUUCACAACAUCAUUCCGAGUAAGAACCCAUAAGUAUCACCAGACUGACAAAGGAGGCCAUUGAACAGAAAGGGUUACAAACUCUGAUUUAGAAGAUCUUUGCUAACCUGUAUCUUGAUUGAUAGAACCCUCGAGGACAGGGAUUUUUUUCUUCUUCUUUUUCUUUCUCUUUUUUUCUUUUCUUUCUUUCUUUCUUUUGUAAUCUCUCCACCUAGUGUGGGGCUCAAACUUACAACCCUGAGAUCAAGAGUCUCAUGCUCUUCGACUGAGUCAGCCAGGCACCCCGAUGACAGGGAUUUUUCAUCAUUUCUUCUGUGAGGCCUACAGUGUUGCAUUAGUAAAGCUUUCACACUCCAGAUUUUCUUUCACAGAACACAGGUGUCCUGUGUUUGUGGCGUUGGCACCCUUCUGUAGGGCCCUGUGUCUCCCUGUGACACUUCUGCUCAGCCCUCCCCACAGAAACCUCUCAGAUUGUCCCCAGCCACCUGCAGCAUCCUUGGCUCUGUGGACGGUGAGUCUCUCCAGAGCAGGGACUAUGCAUAUAGCGACUCAGUCAGUGUCCGCUGAAUGAAUGAUGUCUACAGGGUGUGAACCGUUCUGGAGACCCAGAGCUUUGGGGCCCAGAAGAAAGGAUUCCAUAAAGUCAAGUUCCCUCUUGAGCCCACAGGUCCCCGGAGUGCGGGAACCACCCAGGCUGGGGAGCAUGCAGGGGAAGGCAGGUCCUUCUGAGCCCAGGUAGCCAUCUGACAUUCCUUGUCAGAGCUUGGAGAACCUCAAGAAUGAAGAAGGCCCAGAUCUUCUGCUUCUCUGGCUUAGGAAGAUCAGAGGAUACAUAAAAUUGCUGCUGCUCUGGGAAAACCUGGGAGAGGUAACCAUGGAGACUUUGACCUCAAGGCCUAGGGAGAGAGGUUGAGAGUUCAUGAAGGGGGUGCAGUGGGGGAGAAUCGAGCCUGGUGUGGAGAGAGAAGAAACCAGUUUGUGACGCAGCAGACAUUGCUGAGGCCCAGGUAGAGAGUCUGCAAACACAGGCAGGAGCCACAUCUUCUCAUGGCCUUCCUUCUCCUCCCGCAGCUCUCCGUUCUCAAGCCUCAGCCCUUUCCCAGGAUGGGGAGGACAGGACAGUUUCAGGAGCCAUUGACCUUCAGGGACGUGGCUGUGGUCUUCACCGAGGAGGAGCUGAGGCUUCUAGACCCCACCCAGAGGAAGCUGUACCGAGAUGUGAUGCUGGAGAACUUCCAGAACCUGCUCUCUCUGGGAGACAAGAAUGAAAAGGAUCUGGAGUAUAUUCAAGAAAGGGAACUUAAGUGCCUUUCCUACAGAGAGCUGUCCUACUGGAAAAUCGGGGAACAGGCGGCUGGUGAAUUAACUGGGAGUCAAGACCGUAGAGUGAAUCUUCAAGGGAAGGAUUUCCAGUUCUCGGAGGACGCUUCUCCCUGCCAGGGGUGGGAAGGAGCAUCUCCUCGGGGUUCGCAAAUUGACAAUCUGGCCGGCGGUCUUCAAGGACCCAUCAGUUCAGAAAAUCAAGCGUUUUCACCCUGGAAAGCUAUAAGACCGGUAUCCGUUCAAGCAUCUUGGAUGAAAGCCUUUGUGAACGAGUCGUGGAAUGUUCUGGAAAGGUGUAAAAAACUUGACACGCAGGGUACAACGUAUAAACCUGAGUGGGACGGUUUCGGCUUCCGCUGGGUAUCACGUUGUCACGAUGACCACAGGUUACCGGAAAGAGAGAGACCGUGUGAUCGCGAGCGCUGUGGAAGAGACCGCCUGAAAAAGUCAACCCUCCGUCACCCUGCCCCGGAAGACGAUGACCUGAGAAGCAGCGAACGCGGAGAUGGCCUCAGGGGCGCCUCGCACCUUCCCGCCCAGCCCAGAGCUCCCUGGAAAGAGAAAGCCCCUAAAUAUCCCGAGGGCGGUACGGGCUUGAGGCAGACCGCCCACCUCGAGAGGCCCCAGAGGACCCCCACGGACGAGAAACCCUCCAAGGGUAACGAGCGCGCCCGGGGCCUCCGGCAGAACGCGCGCGGUCCCAGCCGGCCCCGGGCCCCCGCCGGGGAGAUGCCCUACCGAUGCGACGUGUGCGGGAAGGGCUUCCGGUAUCAGUCGAUUCUGCUCAUCCACCAGGGCGUGCACACGGGAAAGAAGCCCUACGCGUGCGAGGAGUGCGGGAAGGCCUUCGGUCGAAGCUCAAACCUGCUCGUCCACCAGCGCGUGCACACCGGGGAGAAGCCCUACAAGUGCGGCGAGUGCGGGAAGGGCUUCAGCUACAGCUCGGUGCUGCAGGUGCACCGGCGGCUGCACACGGGCGAGAAGCCCUACGCGUGCGGCGAGUGCGGCAAGGGCUUCUACGCCAAGUCCGCGCUCCACAAGCACCGGCACGUGCACCCGGGGGAGAAGCCCUUCGGCUGCGGCGCCGAGUGCGGGAAGGGCUUCUCGUGCGGCUCCCACCCGAGCGGCCACCAGAAGGCGCACGCGGGGCAGAAGCCCUACCGGUGCGACCAGUGCGACAAGGGUUUCAGCUACAACUCGUACCUCCGGGCCCACCAGCGCGUUCACACGGGGCAGCGCCUCUUCGACUGCGACGUGUGCGGGAAGAGCUUCAGCUACAGCUCGGGGCUGCUCCGGCACCAGAGGCUGCACACGGGGGAGAAGCCCUACAAGUGCGAGUGCGGGAAGGGCUUCGGCCGAAGCUCGGACCUCCACGUCCACCAGAGGGUCCACACCGGGGAGAAGCCCUACAAGUGCGGCGAGUGCGGGAAGGGCUUCCGGCGCAAUUCGGACCUUCACAGUCACCAGAGGGUCCACACGGGGGAGAGGCCGUUCGUGUGCGACGCGUGUGGGAAGGGCUUCAUUUACAGCUCCGACCUCCUCAUCCACCAGCGGACCCACACCGGCGAGAAGCCCUACAAGUGUGCCGAGUGCGGCAAAGGCUUCAGUUACAGCUCGGGGCUCCUCAUCCACCAGAGGGUCCACACCGGCGAGAAGCCCUACAAGUGCGAAGCGUGCGGGAAGGGUUUCCGGUGCACGUCAAGCCUCUACAAACAUCAGCGGAUCCACACGGGGAAGAAGCCGUACACGUGUGACCAGUGUGGCAAGGGCUUCAGUUACGGCUCCAAUCUUCGCACCCACCAGAGACUGCACACGGGGGAGAAACCCUACACGUGUUACGAAUGUGGCAAGGGCUUCAGGUACGGCUCUGGUCUCCUCAGUCACAAGAGGGUGCACACCGGAGAGAAGCCCUACAGAUGCGACGUGUGUGGGAAGGGCUACAGUCAGAGCUCACAUCUUCAAGGCCACCAGAGGGUCCACACUGGCGAGAAGCCCUACAGAUGCGAGGAGUGCGGGAAGGGCUUUGGGCGAAGCUCCUGUCUUCACGUCCACCAGAGGGUCCACACCGGCGAGAAGCCCUACAAGUGCGGGGAGUGCGGGAAGGGCUUCAGUUACAGCUCAGGGCUGCGGAAUCAUCAGCGAGCGCACGCUGGCGAGAAACCGGAGAAGCAGACACGCGCUGAGGCAGAACUCAGAACUUGACGCCCGUCUGAGCGCCAACGCGGGAGGAAGGCUUUGCGAACGGGAUGCGCAGGGAGGGCUCCGGUGGAGGGUGACCCGUCACAGCAGUUGGCCUGCCCAGGAAGGGACGAUCCGGAAGGUUGAUAGAUGAGAAAAGCACUUGCGUGGCAAACUUUGCUCUCCAAGGGUCUGUCCCCCAGAGGACCGUCCUUGAAGUACGGCGGGGCCUCGGUAAAAAUCGCCGCUCUCAUCAGAGUCGGCCCAGGAGGGAGCUUUUUACGAAUGACAUAGGAGUGUGUCCGAGGAGCAGACUGUGAACGUGGAUUCCUUGCUGGGGGCGGGGGUGGGGGUGGGGGGAAUACCUACACAUGGGACAAAUGUAGGAAAAAGUCGUCACCUUACUAAAACCAACAUCGUGCGUACCUUUUAGAAGAUGGUUUUCACAAAAAUGGAGAGCUGAUGUUCACAUGGGUUAGGGCAAGUCACUUUCAGAAGGCUGGGAACCGUUAGACAGGCUGCCUCUUGGCAGGUGUAUCUCCAAGUGAUGUAUCGCCAUCAUGUUUUUAUCAUGCUGGGGUGAAUGUGUUUUAUCUCCUAGAGAUACACCGCUCUCCUAGACAGGCUGUGCUGUAUGGCAGGACCACUGCAUUUUAUCAAGUUUUAAAAACACAGUCCGACUGGCAUUGCAUUGAAUUUAUUGGUUAAUUUAUUGCUAUCAUGAAUAUUUCUGCCCCGUU